AUGCUGCGGUGGUUUGGAGUUGGCGUACAGCACUACGCGGACCCAGAUGACCGGCCUGGUUCGCUUAAGGGUUUUAUUCCCGACGAGGAGGUCUCGGAGUACCGCAAGGCCUUUCGUUGGCGACAACCGCGGCUGUACAAACACGAGGAGGGGCAGCCAAUACCCGGCGGCAUUCGGCGCCCUCCGCAGCCAAUUCCAUGA